AUGCAAAGAUCUAUUUUUUCAUCACUUACAAGAGCACUGGUAAACAGAAGCGGAUUGAAGACCGUUUCAAUGUUGAGGCCUGUUCCAAGACCUGUUGCCACAGGUCCACGUAUCUCGCCAUUCCGUUUUGCCUCUACUAAGUCUACGAGUGAUGGUGCUAAAUCAGAGAAUGAAGAGAAUAGCAAGAAGGAUGAUGGCAACAUAGGAAGUAAGGAAAAUAAGCAAGAAGCUGCUAAUGAAGCACAAGCUAAUGCUAAACCCGAAUUAACCGAACCGACACCAAAUGUCGAAAUUGGAGAAUUGAAAACUAAGUUGGAGCAGAAAGACAAAGAUUUGGCAGAUAUGAAGAAUCACUAUGCUAGAUCUAUAGCUGAUUUCCGCAAUUUACAGGAUUCAACCAAAAAGGAGAUACAAAAAGCAAAAGAUUUUGCAUUGCAAAAGUUUGCUAAAGAUUUACUCGAGUCUCUCGAUAAUUUCAGUUUGGCAUUGAAUGCUGUCAAAGAAGAGACAUUGAAAUCGAAUCCAGAGGUAAAGAACCUUUACGAUGGUGUUGAAAUGACGAGAUCUGUUUUCGAGAAGACUUUAAACAAGCACGGUAUAGAGAAGGUUGAUCCAAUGGGCGAACAGUUUGAUCCAAAUAAGCAUGAGGCUACCUUCGAGAUCCCUCAACCAGAUAAGGAGCCCGGUUCAGUCUUCCAUGUCGAACAGCCAGGAUAUACUUUGAAUUCUAGAGUUUUAAGACCUGCUAAAGUUGGUCUUGUCAAAGGUACAGAUAAUUAG